AUGCCUAAAGGUGACCCCAAGAAACCAAAGGGCAAGAUGUCUGCUUAUGCCUAUUUUGUUCAGACUUUCAGAAAAGAACAUAAGAAGAAAAAUCCAAAAGUUCCUGUCAAUUUUGCAGAAUUUUCCAAGAAGUGCUCUGAAAGAUGGAAGGCAUUGUCCGGGAAAGAGAAAUCUAAAUUUGAUGAAAUGGCAAAGGCAGAUAAAGUACGGUAUGAUCGGGAAAUGAAGGAUUAUGGACCAGGUAAGCGAGGCAAGAAGGACCGUGAUGCCCCCAAAAGACCACCGUCUGGAUUCUUGAUGUUCUGUUCAGAAUUCCGCCCGAAGAUCAAGUCCACACAUCUUGGUAUCUCCAUCGGAGAAGUGGCGAAAAAUCUGGGUGAGAUGUGGAAAAAUUUAAGUGACGGCGAAAAGCAGCCGUACAUCACUAAGGCUGCAAAGCUGAAGGAGAAAUACAAGAAGGAUGUUGCUGACUACAAGUCAAAACGAAAGUUUGGUGGCGCAAAGGGCCCCACUAAAGAUGCUGGGAAAACGCACCACAAAAAAGAAGAGGAGGAAGAGGAGGAGGAGGAGGAAGAGGAGAAGGAGGAGGAGGAGGAGGAGGAGAAGGAGGAG